AUGGGGGAAGUUCACAGCCUGAAGACACCUCCGCUUCCAUCGCCGGCCGAGGCCCCUUCGCCUGUCGCCACACCUCCUUCUCACUCUCACCAUGACUCCCCCCAAUCAGCCUCCGGUUCCGCUCCUAAUGAACAUGAUGGAUACCCCGUGGAUGAAAACACGACCUUUGAGGAUAAUAUAUGGAAAGCUAACUCUUGCGAUUCUCCUAUUUUGCAUGAACAGGCUCUGAACCCCUGCCACAUACCGUCGUCGCCUGCCAAACAGUGUACAGAUUGGGGGAAAGGGUGUCAAGAGGACCAGAGACGGAGUUUACAGACCCUUAAAGAGCUACGGAGGCAGAUGGAGGAGUUGCUUGUGUAUCAACAAAUGCAUAAAUCCCAGAGUCAGAACACAGUUACUCGAGAACCUCCCUCUUCACAAACCAAUCCUGUGUCCCCGAGCCCUCACGAGUCGUCGCGAAAGAGACGCAUCUCAAAUGUAUCAUUCCCGGAAGUUGCACCGUCAUCGACUGGAGUAUUGCCUUCUACUUCGCAUCCCGACUCGGCUGGCUCUAUCGGCACUCUCAAAGCUGCAGAUUCGCCAACUGCGAAUCUCCCUGGGAAAACUCCAUCGUACCCGUUUCCCACCAUGCAACCCCAGUCAACUACGAAGCCAGUGCAAGAAUCCGCAUUUGGCCACAGCCCCUUCAAGCUGACAUUACCCACGGAGAAGCUAAAGAUCAAUAUGGCGUCCACGCAAGGUAUAGGGGAAGAGCAGUCCGCCUCGAUCAAAACCCCAACAUCACAUAGCUUUUUCAUCCCGCCACAGCACAAGCCUGUGGCCGAAGACCCGACUUACCCCACACCUAACUUGUAUGAUCUUACCUUGCGACUCAAUUCCGAUCCUGGGUUAGAUGCAUGGUGGGCCAAUGUCAUUGACAUUCUGAAAACGCAUUAUGGGGCAGAAAGAGCGUCACUCGCUAUUCCUGGAGAUGCGACAGAUCUCGAGAAUGUCCCGUGGGGCCAGAAGGCGGUGUUUGAUGGCAAUCUCAGGACUCAGUCCGGCAAUGAUCGAGCGUUGAGUUGUGAGACUAACAAUAAAAGUAUCAACACUCCCAAGGAUGGUGUUGGUGCGAACGAGAAGGAAGGAAUGACCACAGGUGCAAAUGGAUCAGAGGUUCCGACACGACCCCCGUUGCUAUCACGACAUUCAUUUGCAGGCUUUGGUAAGGAGAGGCAACACGCUCCCUGGAACGAUUCGCACACGUCUCAUAGUCAAAGCACGAAAACCGAGCAAAAACGCGCCCAGAUCUCCAAUCAAAGCCCUGAUGAAAGAAUAUCAACUGGACAGGAGGGGCGCACCUCUUCCUUUCCUCGACCUCUUGAUUCUUCAAAUAUGCUUCAACACAAUCACAGCCAAGCUAUCUUUCCUACACCAAGGCCAUUGGAAGUCGAGGCGGAUCCGCUUAUCAAGAGGACGGGUGUCGUGAAGUUAUUCGGACGUACAGGGCCCGUUGUUUUGACUAGGGAAUAUUCUCAAAGUUCGCUAGGAGCGCCCCCGCAGUCUCAAGGCCAGAAAGUUCAAACUCCAGAAGACAUUGUUCAGGUCACUCCGACUGAACCUACACAUAUCACUCAACGAGCGCACACUACCCGUACCAGGUCUGUUUCUAACCCCUCGGGGUCUGGUCCCCAGGCAACAAUGCCUUCAUUGAUGGAGUUAUACGAUGAAUACGAACAAGUGCCUCCUUCUCCCUGGUCCCAGUCUCCUGCCCCGUCCCCGGCGCCUCGUGCCCAUGCGGACCAGAACCCCUUUUUCAUUAGUCAUGCUGUUGACGAGGGGGCGUUUGCAAAACACCCACCUCCUCAUGAUUACUCAAACACGCAACCGUUAGAGGCUAUUGGAGUCGACUUGGCAAAGUCUGUGGUCCAUAUCCCUCUCCUGCAUGCUGGGCGUUCUAAGCAGACUUCCCCAUCUACUUUGCGAUUCCCGGUUGCAGUGAUCUCAAUAUUAUCGCCCAUAAUACCGUAUCCUGCAAACCUGAGGCAAUCACUGACAUACCUAAUACCUCACUUGACGACUUCUUUUUGCUUGGCCCAACAUUAUAGUCAGCUCGAACGGCAAUUCGCCUCCCGUCUUGAGCUCCCACGCUACGGCCACCUUCUCGGUCUUGGCGGCACGUUCUCUGACGAGAGCAGUGAGCUAGAAUUGGUUGCUGGCCUCAGUGGCCAUGUGAAUUAUACGAUUGCAGAUGAUGGGACUUUGUCAGCGCAUCCCAGCCUUUCCAGCCCCGAUGACAAAUCAAAUUCAAACAAGCUUAGCCCUCCCAUAUCUGGGUUCGGAACACCUGGCUUUGACAUGAACAGCAUUGGAGGCGGGAUGAAUAAUAUACCUUGUGAAUCGCCUGGUGUAGCUGCCAAAGUUAACAGUGGCUCAGUGGAUAGUUACUUUAAUGUCAAGCGGUCCAAGGACUUCCGCGAGGCCAUCACUCAGCAGCGUAGCCAACUGUUGAAAGCCAAACAGAGCGCCGCAUCGACUCCUACAUCACUAGGGCGGCUGUGGGGGAGAGCUCCGGCUGAUGAACAUGCAGCUUCUCAAGAACCGGGCAUAGUUUUCGCAUCCCCUCAGGAGGUCAAAGCUCCUUCAAUAAUCUCCCCAACACAAACAUCUACCCGCCACCCUUCGACCAAUUCCUUCUAUUCCCAGCUGCCGCGCGAGCUGCCACGUCCAUUCACCGAUACUGUAGCGCAGCUUAUGCUUAACUCAGUUCCCCUACAUCUUUUUCUUGCCAAACCUCAGAGCGGAGAAGUCAUUUGGACCAAUUCCAAGUUUGAUGCUUACAGGAGAAUCCAGCCGCAGGAGCAGAAGUUAAGGGACCCGUGGCAAAACAUACACGGUAGUGAACGCGAACACGUUUCCCAGGAAUGGGGAAAUGCAUUACGAACCGGCUCACAAUUUACUGAACGUGUGCGCGUCAGGCGUUUCAAUGACGAAUCAGCAUAUCGUUGGUUUAUUUUCCGAGCAAAUCCCUUACUCUCCUCCACGGGAGAAGUCUUAUAUUGGAUAGGCUCUUUCCUUGACAUCCAUGAGCAACAUAUUGCCGAGUUGAAGGCCACGCAGGAGCGGGAAAAAUUCGCUACUGACGCCAAAUACCGAGCAUUUUCCAACUCGAUCCCCCAGGUAGUGUUUGAGGCAACAGAAUACCGGGGCCUUAUAUUUGUGAAUGAACAAUGGCAUCUUUACACGGGCCAGAAGCUUGAGGAAGCACUUAACUUUGGUUUUGCGAAACAUGUUCAUCCCGAUGAUUUGGACAAAUGUGGCUUGCUUUCAUCUUACGUCGCUGAGUCUGUAGGUGGAGCUGUAUACAGUGAAAUGUCCGAUGCAGAGAAGGCAGCCGCCCAGGAAAGAUUCCUUGCGCGUGGAGUCACACCUGCGUUGGAUGACCUUGUACGGCGUGGUGUCGCCUCUUUGCAGAAGGACGAGAACGGUCGUGUCUUCUACUCAACCGAAAUUCGCCUUCGCUCGAAGGGAGGCGACUUUAGAUGGCACCUCGUUCGAUUGAUUCGCGUUGAAACCAGCAGCUUUGGUAGUGGCGAGGCGUCCUGGUACGGCACAUGUACCGACAUUAACGACCGGAAGAACCUUGAACGGGAACUCAACAAGGCAAUGCAGCAACUGAAUAACCAGAUGGAAUCAAAGACGAAGUUUUUCAGCAAUAUGUCCCAUGAGAUUCGGACGCCACUGAAUGGCAUCCUUGGCACCAUCCCUUUCAUCCUCGAUACCCAGCUGGAUACUGAUCAGAGACGGAUGCUUGACACAAUUCAGAAUAGCUCGACUAACCUCCGUGAACUUGUGGACAACAUUCUCGAUGUCUCCAGAGUUGAGGCUGGAAAGAUGUCCUUAGUCAACUCUUGGUUCCACGUUCGAUCGGUAAUUGAAGAUGUAAUCGAUACUAUAUCUUCUCGGGCCAUCGACAAGGGUCUUGAGAUUAAUUAUCUGAUGGACGUGGACGUUCCGCCAAUGGUGAUUGGGGACAGAUUCCGAGUUCGCCAAGUUCUCAUAAAUCUUGUCGGGAACGCAGUGAAGUUUACAGGACAAGGGGAGAUUCAUAUUCGCUGUUCAAUUUACCAUGGUGCCCACGCUUUGUCCAAGAAGACGGAGUUACUAUUGAACUUUGAUGUCGUGGAUACGGGUAAAGGCUUCAGUGACAGAGACGCCGAACGUUUGAUGCAGCGGUUUAGCCAGUUAGGACAAAAUGGUUCCCAGCAGCAUGCUGGAAGCGGACUUGGGUUGUUUUUGUCUAAGCAACUGGUUGAGAUGCAUGGAGGUAAAUUAACUCCCACCAGUAAAGAGGGUCAAGGAGCAAAGUUCUCGUUCCACAUCAAAGUAGAUGCUCCUCCGCCGCCAACGCCUGACGAAUCCUACGCCGCUCGACAAUCAUCCAGGUCCCUUGGAGCGCAGCAGGAGCCGAAUCCCUUUUUGAAGACAGCCCUUGCGCCAAAGGACUCUGUCGACUGGCAGGGACCAGACACUUCGAGCUUUACUUCUGCACUCGAAUCACUCCGUUCUCAACCAUCGAGCGACUCUGAUCCUUCGACCUACCUUGCGUCAAACACCUCCGAACUUCCAUCUAUAUCUUUGGCUCUUCCAAGCCCGGCAUUUCAUGCUAUCGACCCGUCAACCGAGGUCGAUACCACAAAGCAUGACGCUGACCAAGUCAAUGCCUCAGCGCAGAGUCGAUUGGAUCUGGUAACUUUCGCAAGUGGUGAUGCUGCACGUUCUAUGGAUCGACCAUCAUCACCGCUUCAAGAGUCCCUGGUUCCAAAUGCACCAGCACCUGUGCAAGCUAGGUCUAAGGCUGCGGGCCCGCCUACUUCGUAUUCGGUAUUCAUUCUUUGUCCCUUGGACAACACGCGCAAGGCUAUCAAACAGCAUAUUGAGCAGGUUGUGCCCCAUGGGGUCCAGUACUCGAUAAUGUCGACUCCCGACGUCGAAGACUGGAGGGACUCCGUCAGUGACGAGUCUGGUUCUAAGAUUACCCACUUGGUCCUUAACCUUCCCAGUGUUGAUGACGUCCUGGAUGUGAUAAAUUAUGUUUCAGAGUGCGAUCCCGCUUCUGCUCCAGCUCUUGUUAUCAUCUCGGACUUGUACCAAAAACGACAGAUCAGCUCAAGGAUUAAAGAACUAGGUUCUAGCGGGAAGUGUGUCUAUACCGUGCCGAAACCAGUCAAGCCGUCGGCUUUUUCGGCUAUUUUCGAUCCGAACAACCAACGCGAUCUCAGCAAAGACAGGAAUCAGGAUAUGGCGAGGGAGAUCAACAAUAACUUCAAGACCAUGUCCAAGAUGGUGAAGGAAGUUAUUGGAAAUAAAGGCUAUCGGGUUCUACUGGUUGAAGAUGAUGAGACUAACCGGAUGGUUAUGCUAAAGUAUCUCGAUAAGAUCAAAGUUAUGGCUGAGACUGCCUCCAAUGGCCAGGAAUGCACAGAGAUGGUUUUUUCCAAGGAGCCGGGAUAUUACUCCCUCAUCAUAUGCGAUAUCCAAAUGCCUGUCAAGAACGGGUAUGAAACUUGUCGCGACAUUCGUCACUGGGAACUGAAGAACCAUUACCCUCAAAUACCAAUCAUGGCGUUGUCGGCGAAUGCAAUGACCGAUCAGAUUGAAGAUGCAGCUCGCGCUGGUUUCAACGACUACGUUACAAAACCCAUCAAGCAUAACGAAUUGGGUAAAAUGAUGAUGGGGCUCCUCGACCCCAGCCGGCCCUUAUUUCUGCUUAGAGACCGCGUCAGGGCGGAUCAUGAGAACAGGCAUCGCGGAGAAUAA